CUCUAUUCAAAAUUAUAUCCAAAUCUGUCAACCCAUUUUUGAGUAUUUUGUAACAACGUUAUAUGUUACAACGUUUCACAUUUAUUACUAGAGAUUUGUGCAAGUUCGUCUGGGUAUCGUCAUAUUGCGGGGGCGGGGGCAGAUUACAUUUGCUCUCUGAGAAGAGCAAAGCACGGGAGAGGCCGCGGAUGCGUUAUAUCGACAUGAUCCCGCAGCCUCUCCUAUCCGUGAGGACGGCCAUCGCAGUGGUUUUAGUGGAUUAAAAAUGAGCCAUCGACCGGAAGUGCACACCAAAGUUGGUGUGAUAAGGGGUCUAAAAUCUGAUGAUGGAAGUUACAACAUGUUUUUAGGAAUACCCUAUGGAAUGGUGGAGAAAAACAACCCAUUUGGGCUUUCAAAACCGUAUCCACCAUUCGACUCGCCAUUCGAAGCAAACAACGACACAGCUGCAAGUCCUCAAAUUGAAGAAUUCAAUAAAACAAUCAUAGGCACGUUAGAUUGCCUUCACGCAAACAUAUACGUGCCAAAGUGUGCGAAUAAACUGCCAGUGUUAAUACACUUGCAUGGAGGUCGUUUUGAAAUAGGUUUUAGUGGGCGUUAUUUCUAUGGACCAAGUUAUUUCAUGAAACAGAGCAUCAUUUUGGUAACGUUUAACUACCGACUUGGCCCAUACGGGUUCAUGUGCCUGGACACCCCAGAAAUACCAGGGAAUCAGGGAUUGAGAGAUGCAUUAUCAGCAAUACGAUGGAUCAAAGAUAAUAUACAAAGUUUUGGUGGAGACGCCGAUAAUAUUACAAUAUGUGGUCACAGCGCUGGUGCUAUCAUUCUCGGAAUACUAUUGACGCUCGAUCAAGACCUGUUCCAUAAAGCUAUACAAAUGAGUGGUACAAUAUUACGACCAGGUGUUAUACAGCAAUCGGAUACAGAAUAUCCAAUUAAACUGGCAGCCGAUCUGGGUUUCAUAACAGAUGAUGCUAAAAAAGCGAUAGAUUUCUUAGCGAACUUAGACCCAAAACAAGUUAUAAAAGCUCACGUUGAAACUGGAGUACCCAUCUAUCCGUAUAUUGAAAAGAAGUUUGAUAAUAUCGAACAAAUUAUAUCCGAUAAGGCAACCAAUUUGAUUAAAAAUAAAUUGAAAAACAUUCCAAUCUUGAUCGGUAACACAACAUCCGAAUCAAUUCUGGUUUAUUACCAUAAAACAUCAGACGAAUUUGAACAUAUCGAUCCGUUUAAUGAUCAUUUAAAAAAAGUAUUCAAUUUUGAAGGUAACAAUCAAAAAAUCUCAGAAAGAAUUGUAAGGCAAUUCUAUAUUGGCGAUGAGAAAAUUAGUGCAAAUGUAAGGUGGGGUUUAGUUGAUUUUUAUUCAGAUUUCAAUUUCGUUUAUCCAAUACAAGAUACUAUAAAGGAAUAUCUCGAUCAAAGUCUCGAGGUGUAUCAUUACGAGUUCUCGUAUAACGGUAGUAGAAACUUCGUUAAGAAGAGAUUCAACGUGGUUGGCGGUGGGGCAUCACACGCUGAUGAAUUGACGUAUCUCUAUGACGUGUCUUUUGAAGGGGAUGUAACGAAGGAUGAUCAAUUAAUGAUUGACAGAUUGACAACGAUGUGGGCGAACUUCGCUAAAUAUGGGAACCCAACGCCCGUUGUAUCUGAGCUUUUGCCAACAAAAUGGUUGCCAGCCACCAAAGACGCUUUGUACUACCUAGACAUAGGAGCGGAUUUAAAACUUGGAAAAAAACCUAACCAUAAAAGAAUGGCUUUUUGGGAGCUGUUUUAUAGAAGUAAUAAAGAAUUUCUGAAAUGAAUAUUAAUAUAAUAAUUUACGUUUAAUC